AUGAUGAUGGUACCCACGGCGAAGAGGAAGAUGCAGAGCUUCAUCCAGAAACAUGAGGGUUCCCCGAUCAUCAACCCUCAUGCGCCUGGUAGUCCGCCACUUCAGGCACUCACCCAGACAGCGGCUCGUGCCCCAUCGCCGAUGAUUCCCCUCCUAGAUCAUCAGGCGGCCGCCGAGGCCGUCAACUUCUCAACGCAGGUUUCCAAACCAUCCGGGUUCCAGGCACAGCUACCUCUUGGGUCACCACGUGCCGAUGAGUUGAUCGAGCGGCAACGAGACGAUGGCCUAGGGGCAACUCGCGGCUGGGAAUCAGUGUCGGAGGGGCCGCACGAGAAAGGCGGGCUGCGAGAGCAAUGGGAUGAACAGUCCAACAUCAACUCCUUGUUCUCCGAGAGUGAACCUGCCCGGCCAGCCUCAGCGCAGUACUCCAAUCGCCAUGGCGACUAUGGUGACGAUUCCCGUUCUGACAUCAUCGACAACCGUCAACCUCCACGACGAGGUCGGAACGCCCACCGAAGUGCUGAGAGUGCCCCGGUUUUUGAGUACCAGAAUGGCCAAUUGGUGGUUCCUUCGCUCCAAGGCAAAGUAUUCAACUCCAGUAUGAUAACUCAUGCACCGGACAACCCCAGAGCAGACGCUCCAAGAUUUCGGCAGCACCCCUUUGGCAGCACGUCAGACGAUUCGAGUCCUCGGCCACAGAGAGACCCUCGAUUCUUGCGAUCACAAUUUCCCAUUUCCGGAACGGAGACCAAGAAGACACGUCGUUUUGAACAGUCACCUCUCCCCAAGGAAACGUCCCGGCGCAUUUCUCCCGAAAAGCACAGCAGCGCGGCUCUCAAACCUAAUGCGUAUUUCCAGCCUGCCAAAGAGCUUGCUCAGGGUGCUCAGCGCUCCACGGGCUUUCAGAAUGUCGGGAACCCGGCUCUGGACUGGGACACGGAUGAUAGCGACUUCCAUUCCCAAGGAGACGAAUUUCCAGAUCAGGAACAAGAGCAUACCCCAAAGGCAGCUCGGCAACGCGCUGUUCCUGAUGAUGCGACAAUGGUUCUCAACCCUGCGAAGCCCGCGAAGCCUGCGGUGGCACAGAAACUUCAGAAAACUGUCACAAUACAAGAUGACGCCUUGCUAGGAAGCCCUAUCCGUCAGGCGCUCCUUGGCCCAAAGCUUUCCCCUCCCAAGAAACGACUCCGCAACAUCGAUUACGACGAGGAAGCUUUGCGCAAAAUGAACUUCGCUGAAUUACAGAACGAGCCCUUCGAUCAUGAUCCCACCAGACAGGUAAUAAUGUCACCAGCCAAACCUCCGGCCGACAACCUUGAUGACCGCCUCGAGUUCUACAGGAACAAGGAUGAGGAUACCCAGAUUCAACUCUUCACCCAGAUGUCCGUGCGCGAGUGGGAUGACAGCGGCGACUGGUUUUUGGAACGAUUCGGCAACAUUGUAACGAGGAUGAAGGAGGCGCGCCAGGCUAAACGCAAGAUCGUCGAGCAGUACGAGACACAGAUCUCGGAGCGCGAGGAAGAAGUGCGGCGUAAGAAGGAGAACAUAGACCGCAAGCUGUCCAAGCUGAAGCAUGACAGCAGUGCGAUGUUGAAGGGCAGUCAGUCCAGCGACUAG